CGCAAUCAGAAAAUUGCCAAACGUACUAACUCCUCCAAAUCAGUUGUACCAAAAUCUCCCCUGCCUCCAAAUGCCCCUAAGGGCGGUUAACAAAUCAAAACAUGCAGCAAUUCCAACCCAUGUUGGGACUUGCCAUUCAGAACCAACUUGGUGUUAUUUCCGUCCAUAACCCUAACAUCAUAUUGAACUCUAACUUCAAACUUGCAGCUCCAAAUUGACUUGUCGAUCUUCAAAUCCAGAACAAACAUCCUUGAUGAUCGAAAAAUCCUAACCACCACCCAAGGACAACAACCAAAUUAUGCAAAACACUAAACGAGACAAAAGCUAGCUGCAACUUCAAAGCGCACAAAAGCUAAUGAAUUGUGAUAAUAAUAAUAAAAAUUCACAAUUCCAUCCAAAUUGUCAGAAUAACCGCACAUUCCCAAGGUCGCUGCUUUCUUCAAACUUUGGGACAACUAAUAUUGUGAUAUUAAUCACAAUUUAUGUUCGAGGCAAACCAAUGAACGAGUUUGCCAGUCAAUUUGCGAUGCAGUCAAUAGCUUCUACUGGAAACUCAAAGCUAGGAGAAACCAAAAAACUCCACCGCGAACCAAAAUUGGUGAACACCUGAAGCGAUUCCUCCGCCAACCCAAAUCGAAAACUAUCUCCUGAUACAAUGGAAGUCGUGUCGAUCUCCACCAAUUAUUUUGACUCAAUCCGUCAACUAGCAACGCGAUCCUAACAUCCGCGUAGACUGUUCAAAUAACCCAAAAUCAACCGCGGCUCUGAUACCACUUGUCAGAACAGAAGCGUGCAAUCGAUAAUCCAAACCAACACGAACGAACACAAAUUUAACGUGGUUCGCUAACACAAUGUGUGCUAGUUAAUCCACGUGCAGGGGAGAACAAAUUUCACUGAUUUGAGGAGAGUACAGGUAACAAACCCAAUUCCGAAAUGGACAAACCAAACAAACUAACCCGAAUGACCUUACUACAGACUAGGGUGAUGAAGAGUAUUUAAAGAACUCUUCUCCUAAUCCCAAACAGAAAACCAAAUACCUUUUCCCAAAUAUACAAGGAAAAAGGCCAAACCCAAACCCAAACAGAAUAGGCCCAAAACACAAAACAAACCCAAAUCAAACUCAAGUCAUAUUCUAAUAGCAUCCCUCUGCGGUUCGCGGUUACCUUUCCCAUAGCAACCGUUUCAAUUCACAUAGCAUGGUAGUAGUUAGGGGGAAGCGACACCCGAGUGAUCCUUCUCACAAAGAGCUUUCAAAACCAUUUACCUUUGCCUAUUUUAUUUUAAUUAGCAAACUUUUCAACCAAAACUUUGUUGCUAGAUAAUGAUUCAAAUGACUGAAGUAGGGGUACACGGACCAGCCCGGGUUGAUAUUUAAACAUACUUAUCCUGUAAUGCACCCGGCUAAGGUUUAUACUUGGGCCUUAGGAAGGAAUUUUUUGUGGUAUUCGGGACGAGUCAUGUUUUUGGCGCCGUUGCUGGGGAACAACGGUAUGUUAUCUUGAAAAAGUUGUUUGGUGUUAAUCUAGCUUUUAAUAUCCAGUUUUGAAAGUGUGAGCUUUGCAUGUGCUAGACUUGGUGUGUUUUCCGAUUGUGUGUAGGUGGGGCAUGACCCGGAGUAACUCCGCACCUUUGCUACCACUUGACGAGGACAUAAACCGAACUCUUCGGCUUCUAGCAAGGAAGAGAGAGCUAGCGGAGGCAAUGAGGAGUGAAAUAAGGGGACAACAUUUGGGUCCUGGUGUUAGUGGAGAAGAAGUUGAAGAAGUGGAAGUUGAACUCGUUGUUGUAGUAGAAAUGGCGUGGAACCAAAGACAAGAUGGAGCCUCCCAAGCUUGUCAGCUGAACGAUGCGGCAGAGGAAGAGGAAGCCCCGAGGAUGAUGGGAUACUAUAUUGCCACAAGGCCGGCGGACAUUUAAUCGCCAAUCCUACAUCCUCCGGUGGCGGCAAACAAUUUCGAGAUCAAGCCGGCUCUAGUGACUAUGAUACAAAGAAAUUCUUUAUUCCAUG